AUCACCGAUCCUUGAUACACCGCUGUGCCUGAGGACUCAAGAGGAUGGACGUGCUCCUAAGCGCGGCGCAAUGGGUGGUGGGCAAGGCGCUGGCCUCCGUUGCCGAUGGCGUACUGGAGGCUUGGGUUGACAGCAACAACUUAGGUCUCAACGUCAAUGCCCUCAAGACGGAAUUGCUGCUCGUGCAGGCCACGCUUGAAGCCGCAAACCGCAAGCAGAUCGGUGGCAAGGCCAUGAAGGAGCUGCUGCACAAGCUGCAGCACUCGGCGCACUCUGCCGAGGACUUGUUGGAUGAGCUGGACUACUUCCGCAUCCAUGACGAGCUCCAGGGCACGUAUGACGCUGCAGACCAGCAUACCAAGGGCAUCAUCCUUGACCUUGCCCUCAAUGCUCGUCACACGGCCAAAGCUGUUGCCAAACUGCUUGGUUUAUCAACGCGCUCGUCUCCUGCCAGCCCUGCUCAACGUGGUCAAAGGGAAGUUGGCUGCUGCGUUUGGCCGCGUGCUAAGCAGAGCUCACGCAGAAUUCCCCCCUCCUCAACACCAGAUGCCAAUCAUACUGAUGAGAGGGUCAGCGGAUGCAUUCCCAAGUUCGGUAAACUCCUCCCUUGCUCAUCUUCCCCACAUGUUGAUGAUAAUUAUGGCCAGCCAACUCUUCGUGGUGCACCCCAGAAAGAAACACCAAUGCUGCGGUUUAAUAGGGUGGAUGUCUCACAGAGAAUGAAGCACAUUGUUGAGCAACUGCAGCCCUUGCGUACAUCAUUUAUCACCAUUCUGCAGAGUUGUGGCCAUAAAACUAUCCCAGACAUUACCCAUAGUCGCCCCAUCACCACCGGUCGAAGCAUAGAGCCAAAAUUAUACGGGAGGGACCUUAUAGUGAAAAGCAUCAUACAUGACAUCACCAAAGGGGAAAACCGUGGCAAUGAUCUUACUGUGCUUCCGAUUGUUGGUUCGGGUGGGAUAGGGAAAACAACUAUGAUACAGCACAUAUAUAAGGAUAAGCAAGCGCGAGCCCAUUUUCAAGUACUGAUUUGGGUAUGUGUAUCUGUCAAAUUCAAUCUGAAUAAGUUGCUUGAAGAUAUUAAUAAGGAAAUCCCACCAGUUGAAGGGGAAAAGGGGAAUAGACCAGAAGAGCUAAUUGAACAAAAAUUAAAACCGAAAAGGUUCUUGCAUGUAUUGGAUGAUAUAUGGGAGUGUAGUAAUGAGGAUGACUGGAAAAGAUUAUUGUUGCCGCUCAAAACAUCACAAAAAGAGGGCAGCAUCAUUCUAGUCACAACUCGGUUUCCAACAAUAGCAAAGAUGGUUGAAACAACUAAGCAUAUAGAGUUGGAAGGUUUAGAAUCUGAAUAUUUUAGGAAGUUGUUCCAUGCUUUUGUCUUUGGUGAUGACCAAUGUAGAAAUGAUCACAGUUUUUUGCUCGAGACCGGAGAUAAGAUAAUGGAAAAACUAAAGGGAUCCCCUCUUGCUGCAAAAACUGUUGGUGCAUUACUAAGAAAAGACCUUAAUUUGCGUCAUUGGAGAAGGGUCUUACAAAGUAAAGAAUGGGAGAGACAGACUGGUGACAAUGACAUUAUGCCUGCCUUGAAGCUUAGUUAUGACCAUCUUCCUGUCCAUCUGCAAAAAUGCUUUUCCUAUGCUGCAUUGUUUCCUGAAGAUUUCCAUUUCAGUAGCAGCAAUCUGAUUAACUUGUGGAUAGGACUAGAUAUCUUACAGAUAGCAUCGUCAAAAAACAGAGGAAGGUUUCAUCCUAUUACAGAGUUUGAUUAG